GUGUGAUCGAGAAAAUGUAAAUACAAAUAUGGCGCACAAGCAGAUUGGUUCGGCCGUGCGGUUGGUUUUCCAUGGUUUCUUUGCAAACAUUCAGUAAUGCAUGUCCUUAACAGCUACUAAAUUGAGCAGACUCCUUAGGAUGACAGUACGCAAGAGAGAUUUUCAAAAAGUAGUAUUGGAAGUCAAAGAAUUUAUUUCGAAACUAGCUGGUUACGAUACUGCAGAAUUGCGAGAUGCAUUAAAUUUCAGUUUGUUACAUCUUCAUAAAUACUACAAAAAGCUACGUCAUAAAGCAAAAAAUUAUCCAGUUCUUGACGGAAGUAUAUCUUUGACAAGUUCACUGGGAUCUUUUAGUCCUGUUUCUCCAUUUAUUCCACCCGUGGAUAAAUUUGAUUGGAGGUGGAUAAAUUUGGACGCAUCCAAACUUAGUGCCAGUUUUGGACAAGGUGAUAAAACUAACUUACUACCAGAGAUUUUUUAUGUGAUAAAAGAUGGCGAUGUCGAGCAAUUGCAAGAGUUGAUUCAAAAAGAUGGUGACUGUGUGAACGAAGUUGAUGCUUUAGGUCGAAGUACGGCUUUAUAUUGUGUACAUGGAAACACAAAAGAAAAUAUUCAGUGUUUGAAGAUUUUAAUGAAACAUGGAGUAGACCUGAAUCAAGAAGCUAAUGAUGGUCUGACAUGUCUCCAUGUAGCUGCAAUCACCAAUAAUGAAGAAAUCAUUGAUAUACUUAUAAACGAAAAUGUGAAUAUCAAUGUAGAAGACAGUGAAGGUCGUUAUCCAUUGCAUUUUGCUGCAGGAUUCGCAUCUUCCAACUGUGUUAAGAAACUACUGGAUGCUGGUGCAGAUAAGAAUUGUUUAGACAACGAUGAGAUGACACCAGUCAUGUGGGCAAGUCAUUUUGACCAAUGUGAAAGCGUAGAACUUUUGUUGAAUAUAUCUGACAACGAUGAAAUGAAGUACGAAGCUAUAGAUGCAGAGCUCCAGGACAAGGAUAUAAAUGGACAAACCAUUCUUCAUUGGUGUGUAUCGAGGAUUCACAAUAUACGAUGCUUCAAGCUUUUGUUUUCUUCCAACUAUGCAAACAUUACCGAUGAUACUGGCAAGACGGUUCUACACACAAUAGCUGAGAAAGGAAACUUAAUAGCAUUAGAGGAGUAUUUGUCAAUUUGCGAAGAGCCUUCUCUUGAAGUGCUUGAUAACAAGGAUAGAAGUCCUUUGCAUUUUGCAUGUAUGUUUGGCCAUGGAGAGAUGGUUGAUAUUUUAUUGAAUCGUGGAGCAUCUGCUGAAAUGAUUGACAAGCACGGACACACACCGUUUGAUUAUGCACAAUCGAAAAAUCUGAAUUAUUGUAUGCUGGUUCUUCUAUCUCAUCAAAAGUAUCGUUCACAGUUUGCAGUCAAUGAAAAACAACAACACCAACAACAACACCAACAACAACGACAACCCACAAGUAGGAAUAAUGUUCAACCAAAACAACCCAGAUCUGCCCAAAAUUGUACCGAAAACGCCACAGAUGUUCUUAAACCUUCUUCACCGAGUCAUCGUGCGUCUGAUCUCUCACAGUUUGAUACACAGCAGGAAGACACUACUCAUUUUGACACCCUGCAGGAGGGUGAUAACUUUGUAACUGAUGUUGAUCACGAUAAUAGCAAAAUAAAUUUAAAAAAAAAUCAGAUCGAAAAUAAGAAAUCAGCCCGCAUGAAAGCAAGCGAUGCGACGGGAAUUUUUAAAGAAGAUAAGAAGGCACAGGACACUUCAAUCGAUGUUGACAAGGAGGACGAGUUCAACUUCAAUGACCAAAUGAUUGUUUUGGUUGAGCAUCAUGGAAGCGAUGAUGAAGUCGUCAUUGAUGUGGAUGGUUUGGAAGAAGAUAGCAGCGAAAAAGACGAGGACCUGCUUGACCUUCCGCCAUUCGCAAGAAAUGGUAGCAUCACUACAGUGGGUGUAGUGAGCGAAGGAAGUAUGGCCUUUAACAGUGUCUCUGUUAACCCAAGUGUCAGUAGUUUAGUCAGUAGUGAAGAUAGUGAUGAUGAUCGAGGCAAAGCAAAAAAUAUACGAAAUCGGUCCCCAAAUGCUGACGUCACACAACACGAUCGAAAUUCUGGAAAGAAACCGAAAUCUUCGAACAUUGCACCUCGAGGUGCAAUAUCGCCAUCUUUAAGCAACUAUUCAGCUUACAACGUCACUGCCCCUGUACCUCCUCCACCACAAUACUAUGCAAUGAAUUCUCGUGCUCAUUCUCCUCAAGUGCUAGCUCUCCCUCCUACAGAGAGUACAGAUAAACCCAAACGUUCGGCUAAUAAACGCCAACCAAAAGAAGAGCAACGGCCGCCCAAAUUGCAUCUGAAUGAGCAACGACCGCCCAAAUUGUAUUCGAACGAGCAACGACCAUUGCGGUCACCUUCCCCGAGCCUGGUAAAUCAAUCAUGGCCUGCACGUGAUGCAAACGAUCGUCAGUCAUCACCCAAGUCCAAAUUAGCGCCUAUACACUCAAUGCCAAGACCUCCCACAAGAGGGAAAGAAGAUUAAAGUUACUUAGAAGACUUACAUUACUUAGAGUUACUUACUAAUCGAUUUUCGCGCAUCGGAAAAAAUUUAUUUUACGUCUAUUAAUAUUCGCGCAUUUCAAAUUCUCUACUAAUAACGCAAAAAUUAGUAACAUUUAGAGUUUUUACAAAAUUUUGAAGCGUUUCUUUUUUUUCCGCAUAAUUUCUGUCCUAAAAUUCGAGCAGUAACACAAUUUUUGCGCUAAUUCGCCAAAAAAAUAGUAUGUGCUAAAUUUAUGUUUAAGGUGAAAACCAGAAUCUCGUGAUAGGUUAGAUAUCACUUUGUCUAGUUACAACAUGUUUCGAAUACCUGUCCCCUAAAUUUGAAUGCAAUGCAUUUUUAGAUCUUUUUAUGUUUGGUUUGUAUCAAUAAAAAACUCCGAGAAACUCUAUCACGAUCGCUUAGCCAUCAAAACCUCGGAAGCGCAAGUAUUUCAAACAGACAUGAAUGCCUUCCCUUUGUGUACGUUAAAUUACCUAAUUUACAUCUUAAUAUAUUUUCCACUGCAUUCUUUUGUCAUCUCGUUAACUCCAACGUUAACACAAACUGUUCAGUUUCAUUUUUUACGAUUCUCGUUAUUUGUAUUCAUUAUUUAUUGUAUACAGCACUUGUACAUAUAUUUAAUGACUGGAUUAUAUAUAUAUUUUAAUAUAUGGUCAUGAAGCA